GGUAAACAUCGCCUUUGCAACUUCUGACUUCUACUUUGAAUCUGAUCUACGCCACACACGCUCAUGGCAGAACCUUGCUCAAAUGCCACAGCGACGUCCAAACCUGCCGCUGCAGAACCUCCCCUUGACGCUGCCAAUGUGAAACCGCCGCAAAAAAAGUCUGCGCGAAUGGCGACUGUAUCGAACACUCCUGCGCCCGAUGGGGAUACUAGCGGGGAGGAGGAUCCUGAGGAGGAGGAACCGUCAGUGGAGGAUGCGGAGAUUCUUGAGGAUCUGCCAGAUGAGACGGAGGAAAUCGAGCUUGUGCAUUCCCGUUUGAACUCCAUCUCCAACCUCGGCUUGCCUCGGUUCGGUCCAUACCUUCGGAAGCUCUGUCUGCGACAGAACUACAUCUCCUUCCUGGACCCGGAAGUCCUGCAGACGCUGGAAGUACUGGAAGAGCUGGACCUGUACGACAACAAAGUCAAGCACAUAGACGGAGCGCUGGACAAGCUUAGCAAGCUCUCUGUGUUGGAUCUGUCGUUCAAUCUCCUGAAGCACGUACCAGAAGCGCUUGAACAAUUGACGUCCCUCAGGACGGUGUACUUUGUGCAGAACAGGAUCUCGCAUAUCACAGGACUGCACAGUCUAGGAUCGACGUUGAGGAGUCUUGAGCUUGGGGGUAAUCGAUUGCGUAGAAUUGAGAACUUGGAUGCACUUGUGAACCUCGAAGAGCUAUGGCUGGGAAAGAACAAGAUCGCAAAGCUUGAGAACUUGGGCAGCCUAAAACGACUCAAGGUCUUGUCUAUACAAUCAAAUCGUAUAACGAAGCUCGAGGGUUUGGAAAACCUCGAGAGCUUGGAAGAGUUGUAUCUCAGCCAUAAUGGUAUCGAGCGACUAGAGGGGCUUGAACACAAUCACAAACUCCGAACACUGGACAUCGGCAACAACUUCGUGAAAGUCCUCGAGAAUGUAUCUCAUCUCAGCACUCUAGAAGAGCUAUGGUUCAACGAUAAUCAAAUCAGUACUCUCGACCACGUGGAGCCACAACUCCAGCACAUAUCGUCCCUCGAAACAGUGUAUUUGGAAGGCAACCCAGUGCAGAAAUCAGAAGGGGCAAACUAUCGCCGAAAGGUAAUGCUCGCACUUCCGCAAAUAAAGCAACUGGAUGCAACAUACGUGAAGCAAUUCUAAUGAACGAGCAACUCGGCUAGCCCGAGCGGUGACGACAAUGUAAUCCAGUUGACAUUCCAUCUCGCGAAUCUGUCGAAAUACCCCCGAACGAUCGUUAGAUGAGAUUUCGUUCGGACUCGAUCGAGACCCCGUGCUUGUAUACUAGUUCGAUCGUGUAGAAAAUGCAUGAUCAUCCUUAGUCUGAUCAGCAAUCG